UAUCAAACUGCUUCUCCACUCAUUAGCCUUGAGUACUCCAACCGCUGGGAUCCAAUGACCGAUGAGAGGAGCAGUAUCGGGUCAUCUCAAGAGGCUCCUCAGAUCUAUAGGUUUAACUUGGAGGAGAUAGAAUGUGCUACUCAGUACUUUUCGGAGGUGAAUUUACUUAGCAAGAAAAGCAGCUUUGCGGCAACAUACAAGGGGAUACUACACGAUGGAACGGAGGUUGCAGUGAAGAGGAUCAACAAGACUAGUUGCAAGUCAGAGGAAGCUGAGUUUCUCAUGGGUUUGAAGGCAUUGACAUUGCUAAGGCAUGAGAACCUAGUUGGAUUAAGGGGCUUCUGUUAUUCAAGAGCAAGAGGAGAGUGUUUCCUCAUUUAUGAUUUUGUUGCAAAUGGGAGUUUGUCGGAAUAUCUAGAUGUCAAAUGCGAUGAGAUUCACAAGGUCCUUGAUUGGUCUGUAAGAGUUUGUAUCAUCAAAGGCAUUGCUAAAGGUAUUCUACUUGACCUAUAUGACUAUUUAUUUUCCUUCUCAGAUAGCUAUCAUAAUGAAUAUACUACUGUAACAACAACAGCAACAAACAUUGAUCAUUUAAGAUGGAAUUUCAUCUUGUCAUUUAACUACAUUUGCACUUUGCCUUGA